AUGAGUAUUGUUAAUACAGAAUGGCCAGAAUGGCAUUACAUUUACUGUGACGCAUCUAAACAUCCAUCUACUGGGAUAGUUGGAAUCGGUGUUUACCACCAACAGUAUAAAAUAACACAAAAAAUUAAAUUACCCCCAGAAACCUCAGUAUACACAGGAGAAUGUUAUGGAAUCCUUAAAUCAUUAGAAUACAUUUUGCUUGCACAACUCAAAAAGACAAUUAUUUUUUCCGAUUCCAAAAGCACUUUACAGGCAAUAGAAAAAUUUCCUUUUAAAGCUUCUUCCUCUAAUGCUUAUUUGAUCGAUUGUAAGAAAUUAUUACUGAAUUGUACUUUGAAGAAUCUAAAUGUGCUCUUUGCGUGGAUACCUGGCCAUCAUAACAUCACUGGCAAUGAAGUAGCUGAUAAACUCGCUAAAGAUUCAGUGAAUUGUGGUGACGUCUUUCCCUAUAAAAAUUUAGUAAAUGAUCUUCUUUUACUUCCUAAAGUGCAUCUUCGCAUAUCUUGGGAAGAAAAUUGGGAUACUAGUAGUCGCAUCAAAGGUAAACAUUAUAAAUUAAUUCAACAAUGUAUUCCCGAUAAACCAUGGUUUUCUAAAAUUCAUUUAAGUAAGUUUGCCACAUUAAGUCUCAUAAGAAUGCGCCUAGGUCAUAACUGUUCUUCUUCCCACCAGGCUAAACUGGGCAUAUCUGUGGUGAUAAACGCUGUCGUCACACGAGAAAUUUUAUACUUAAAAAAUAAAAAUAUCAAUUUCGAUUUGCGGUUUUUGCUGAGUAAGAAAAUGUCUACCCGUAAUGUGCGGAAGUUAUUUGGAACCAGCACGUUGCCACCUCUCGAAGGGAAUUCUGACGAGGAGUUUGAACCACUGUUUGUGAAGAAAAAAGGGAAAAAAACUUCAGCAUUUACUUUCGAGGGUUUGGAAAUAAGCUCACCUUCUGGUAGUGAUGAUAAUGACAUACAAAAUAUUGAAGACACAAUCGAAGAAAUAGAGGAAGUUGUACAGGAAAAGAAGAAGAAAAAGAAAAAACGCCAAAGGAAACCUAAAACGAAUCCAGUAGUCCCUGAAGGCGUUGAGUUGGAUGAAGUAGAUAGGUCAGUAUUGGAAGUGAAUGCUAUGCUCGGAACACCCCCGCCAGCAUCGCCGUUACCGGCCACGCCUGUAGAGAAGACACUAGACCCGGUGAAACAGCUCCUAUCCGUACAGUCCAGGCAUUUGAAUUACCACAACGAAAUAAAAAAAAUCUUCGGCUCCGAAACACUCGACGAAGAUGGGAAAGCAAAAAAAUGCAGACCUCACAAUGUCACCAAGUACAGAAGGGAUAUGAUAGUCACUACUCCAGAAAACUACCAUUUCCAGAAAAGUGGUUUGUCAAUGUCUCUGUUUAAAAAAGAGAAUGGUUAUUCGUACUUUGUCUACAAUCACAGUCGCGAGUAUCAGAAGAUGCAUUCGAAUUUCCUCGAUAUUAUGAACCCCGAAGACUUUGUACCACUACAAGAGCCACGUAUGAACAUCCACAUUGAGGCACUGCUUGAGACUGCGGACUACAUGUUCCGCGCGGAGGAAUAUUCGGUAGCCAAUUCCAUACUUGAACAAGUUAUAACUUAUUUGCAACAUGCUGCGCAUCCAUAUUUCAAUUUGACUGACCAAACCGUUCGGCUCGAGUACAAAUACAUGGAAAAUCGACCCUUUUUCGUGGUUGUUCUGAAAUAUCUAUACAUGCUGACUAACAAAGCUUGCCACCGCACUGCACUGGAAUUGGCAAAGCUUUUAUUGAACCUGGAUCCUACAGACCCAUUGGCUGUUAUAUACGUCAUAGAUGUGCUCGCGUUGAGGGCUAGAGAACACAAAUGGCUGGUAGACGUGAUCGACUAUUGGAGCAAGGAAAGGGAUGCGAAUUAUCUGUUCAAUAUAAAGUAUUCCUACGCCUUGGCACAUUUUCACCUCGCAAAGAAGAGUAAAUCGAACGACUAUACCCACGUCGACAGAUUAUUAAAGGAUGCCAUAAUGGAUUUCCCGAAUGUUACCUCGCACAUACUGGAGGCGGCAAAACACGACGCCAGUGCUAGUAUUCAGAGCCAUGAAAUUUUUCAAACCAACGUGAAGCGCCCACACUACGUCCUUUACGCGAAAUUGGCAUGCGGCAAAUGGCGCGAGCCCCCAGUCAUGGAAUGGUUCUUGAGAAAUAUUAACGAGCUGAUCCAGCAGUACGAAAACGAUGCGAGUUUUAAGGCGACUUUGAUAGAACGCAACAUUAAAACCAAAAGACUGUUCGCUGAUUGCCCUAACGAAAUUCGUCGGCAUAUGCACAUUGUACGCCCGAUGUCAAAUCUUCUUGUGGAAUGGGAUUUGCCGUUAAUUUUGCCCACGCGGGCUUGGGAUCCGAUACCGCCCUCUGACGGCGUCAAUCGUUACGGGUACGGCCGCGACGAGAGCGACCUCGCCGGCCGGGAGCCGAACCUCUAUUCGGCCCUCAUCAACCUUUUCUCUUCAAUAAGGCCGAAUUUUCUAGUCCAAGAGCACCGUGGUCGUCGUUUGCAUCAACGGGACGACGGGGAAGGCCCGGCUGCGUUACCGCAUGUGGAUCAACCAGAAGAGGCUCGUGCGGCUGCUGUUCGUCCGGUUGUAGAACGUCCGGUUCCGGUUGCGGACCGUCCGGCUACGGAUCGCCCAGUUACGGAUGUAUCAACAACGGACCCUGCGGGCCCUGCCGAUGAUUCCAGCGACGACAGCAUCGAUGCCGCCGAGAUAGAAGCCAUGCAUCACGAACCAUCUUCAAGUUCACGACGUUAA